UGAGGAGGGACUAGGCAUUUAAUGCUCUGAGACGUCUAAACGGCCACAGAUAGACCCACCUGUGGCAGACGCGGAUAGUCAUAAGUAGACACUCCAAGACCGUUAUAACGCAUCAAACCGUUCGUCGGACUUCUGCUUCAUACCGUUUUAUCGGACGCCGAACAAGUCGUUCCGUUAAAAUGUUACUACACUGUCACCAACCGAUCAUCCUGUUCAUCUUAUUUGUUGGCAUAGGGGCGGAUUCCACCAGUCUGGCUCCCUCUACAGAUGCUCAUAGCCCCAGCAGCCUUCCCACCACAGAACCAUCCUCUCACACUCCAUGGACGCCAACCCAAUCCAACCAUACCGAACCGGACAGGUCCACCUCCACCAACCCAGCCUCAGCCCCAAACCCAGUUGACCCCAACACAGCCACGUCGGGCACCAGCACAGAGCCAACCUCCACCACCUCUCUGAACCCCUCCCCUAGCAUCACCCCUCAUGGGGACACGUCCACCACCAUGACAGACCCCUCUGUGUCCCCAGGCCCAAGGCCAAGCCCUGCUGGAGCCACAACUCAACCAGUUAUAUCGAGUACAACAAAGGAAGGCCCGGGGGUGACGGACGCUGCGGAACCCAGAGCUACCGCUCCAUUCAGCACGGGGGACAGAACGACAGAGAUGACUUCCUCUGGUCAGACCCUGACUUCCCCCGUCACUCAUUCUCCUGUUACCGUGGAAACAGACAGCCCCCCCGCCUCUGUCACUGGAACAGAACACACUCCAGCUGAUGUGACCACACGCACAUCAGGAAGUACACAGGCUGUCCCUAGCAGCACCACAAUCUCUUUCAGCAGCUCCAGUGGGCCAGGCUCAGCCAUGACAACAACAACACAGACUGCUCACACAGACACAGUGACCACGGACGGAACCGUCACCUCAGGAACAACGACCAGAGAGACCACGGAAAACAGCCAGACCACAGUGACCAGAGAGACUGGAGGAACUCCUGCCACAGGUAUCACUAACACAGGAGUGUCUGAGACCAGCAUCUCAACUGGAACAUCGAGCAGCACCGACACAGCUGGAUCUCCACAGACACCCCCCACCUCCAUCACCACAGGAGUGUCUGAGACCAGCAUCUCAACUGGAACAUCGAGCAGCACUGACACAGCUGGAUCUUCACAGACACCCCCCACCUCCGACACCACAGGAGUGUCUGAGACCAGCAUCUCAACUGGAACAUCGAGCAGCACUGACACAGCUGGAUCUUCACAGACACCCCCCACCUCCGCCACCACAGGAGUGUCUGAGACCAGCAUCUCAACUGGAACAUCGAGCAGCACUGACACAGCUGGAUCUCCACAGACACCCCCCACCUCCAUCACCACAGGAGUGUCUGAGACCAGCAUCUCAACUGGAACAUCGAGCAGCACUGACACAGCUGGAUCUUCACAGACACCCCCCACCUCCGCCACCACAGGAGUGUCUGAGACCAGCAUCUCAACUGGAACAUCGAGCAGCACUGACACAGCUGGAUCUCCACAGACACCCCCCACCUCCAUCACCACAGGAGUGUCUGAGACCAGCAUCUCAACUGGAACAUCGAGCAGCACUGACACAGCUGGAUCUUCACAGACACCCCCCACCUCCAUCACCACAGGAGUGUCUGAGACCAGCAUCUCAACUGGAACAUCGAGCAGCACUGACACAGCUGGAUCUUCACAGACACCCCCCACCUCCGCCACCACAGGAGUGUCUGAGACCAGCAUCUCAACUGGAACAUCGAGCAGCACUGACACAGCUGGAUCUCCACAGACACCCCCCACCUCCAUCACCACAGGAGUGUCUGAGACCAGCAUCUCAACUGGAACAUCGAGCAGCACUGACACAGCUGGAUCUUCACAGACACCCCCCACCUCCAUCACCACAGGAGUGUCUGAGACCAGCAUCUCAACUGGAACAUCGAGCAGCACUGACACAGCUGGAUCUUCACAGACACCCCCCACCUCCACAGCGCCCGAAAACAGCACCACCCCUGGCCCCUCAGCCAGCCCCAGUCUGACACCAACCACAGGAGUUACUAGCCAAACUACCGCGAGCACAGCCCUUGUUUCUUCCUCUACACCAACCAGUGAAACCACCACCAUUACCACAACUACGGCUCCACCUGGCACUAGCCAGCCUCCGAGCAGCACCACCAUACCUCCAACCACCCCGCCAGAACCUUGCCCCGCCAAGCCGUGUCCAUCUCUGAGCAUCUGUCUCAACGGUACCUGUCAGUGUCUGUCUGGAUACUACUACAAUGUCUCACUGGGUCGCUGCAUUCAAGCCCUAGAUUUCCCCGGAAUCCUUCAUCUCAUGUCCUUGACCUUCAGAAAAGAGAUGAGCAACAGAUCAUCUAUGGUAUUUCGAACCACAGCACACAACAUCUCACAAGAGAUGAACAAAGCACUGAAGGAUCUGCCUGGCUUCCUUCGGACGGAUGUAGUGCGGCUGGAACCAGGUAGCGUGCGAGCGACGGUGUCCAAUGUGUUCAAGCUAGGCUCUGGUGCCAGCCAGGUUUCCACCUACCAGGCCAUUCAGAAGGCCAUCACGGAGAGCGGAAGUUCCCCCAACAACCUGUUGAGAAAUGCUACAUUUCGCGGCACCAGCCUGUGUGACCAGGGCCCUUUGACCAGCUGUGACGUCCAAACCACAAAUUGUAAGGAUGAAAAGGGCACGGUCAGGUGCACGUGUAAAUCUGGCUACGUCUCCAACCACCCCUACGGGAAUCUCAGCUGUAGAGCUUGUCCCAGUGGUCAGAGGGCAGAGAGAGACAUGUGUCAGCCAUGUUCAUUUGGCUACUCUGGAUUCAACUGCAAUGAUUCGUCUCUAUUGGCGGUGGUGGUCAUUUCCUGUGUACUGGGAGGAGUACUGCUCAUCAUAGUGCUGGCCCUCCUCAUAUACUACUGCAGGAGGAGAUGCUCCACAGAGAAGCCUGAGUUCAGCAGUUCCAGCAGUCCCUACAAUGUGGAGGACCUCCACGGUCCCUGGCCCGGCCAAGGCCUGACCAUCCCCCGCGCCACCGUCUCCAUGGAGAUGACGGAGGGGGGGAGCACCCACACCCUGUUGGAGAAGAAGCCGCAGACCAACGGAGGGGGGUUUUUCGUCAUGCUUAAAGGACAAAAGAAGACGGGGUCCUAUGAUGUCACCACAGACAGCAUGAAUACAUUCAAAGGCGAGAAUCCAUCACGCUACUCCUACCUGGUCCAGGGCCAUGAGAACCCCUACUUCAUACCAGGAGACGAGAGGAGAACCAGCUGAGUGGCUGGAAGAACAAGGAGAGGGAACAGGGAAAAAUGUCAUAUAGAAGUAUAGAGAUCAAACACAACGGUUUUCUUUUGUUUUUUUCUGAGCGUGGAAAGAUGACACUCCUGUUGUCAUUCUCAGGGUACCACCUCAAUCAACAAACACCACCAAAAAGAAAGUUAUGCUAAGAAUUCUUGGUUUUCUUUUGAAAUGCAACAUCUUCAUUCUAUAAUCUAAAGGGAAGAAAUAAGGCUUAGAGAUAUUCAAAUUAUUUUAUUUAUGUGUCUGUUGAAAGAGCUGCUUGAGGGUUUUUGAUCAUAACCAGUAGAUGUCGCUGUUGCUCCAAAUUAUUGUACAUCUAGUAAUUUAUUAAACGCUAUCAUUCUGUGUCUGCAUUUUCGCAAUGUCAUAGUAUUGAAAAGUGAUUCCUCUCUGGCUAAUUGCACUAAAUUGUGUACUGCGUUUACCACAUGUUUUGCUUGGGGAAAAUCAAAACUAUUUUUGAGUGUGAACGAAUUCUCUUUUCUGUGGUUCUUCGAAUUCUCAGUGCAGAGAUGUUAGAUGGUUUAAGGGCUGGAUCCUUGGCCUAGGUGGGGAGGGGUGCCCAGGGGGUGUUCAUCUCUGUACAGCCGCUGUGGACAUGCUGAAGCACCUGUGUUGAAGCUGCUGCAUUUGCAAAUGUGCCUGUUUCUGUGGUCCUUAAUGAAUAGGAAACAUUAUGCAAAGCACCUGACGAAGCUUGUUUGGAUGUGCCAAUUAUGUGUGUAUAUUUUCGCUACUCUAUUCCUGUGAUAUGUUGUUCAUACAUCUGUGUCUCUGCGACUCUGCACUAUUUUCUAAAAGUGUAAACUUUUGUAAACAAGUAUCUACCAGCAGUGAAUGAGUGUGAUGAAAGGAAUAAAGACUAUCACUGUUAUGAA